AAAAGACAAUUACUCAUUAGACUUUUCCACUACACAUUCCCAUUUCCAACAUCAGACAACAUUCUCUCCCUCAGAGGAAAAGCAUCUCCUCUUCUUCAUUCACAUUUUGAACUUUAACCUUCUCAAACUAUCUCCAACAAAACCAAAUCCAAGUUAUUAAAAAUGACAAAGAUAGGAGGUAUUCUUGUUUGUUUAGUCAUCGUGGGCUUAGAUGUAGCUGCUGCAAUCCUCGGAAUCCAAGCAGAAGUCGCUCAGAAUCAGGUGAAGCACAUGAGGCUUUGGCUAUUUGAGUGCAGAGAGCCAAGCCAGGACGCGUACAGGUUAGGUCUAGGUGCAGCCGCGGUAUUGGUAAUGGCUCAUGUACUCAUCAAUUUGGUCGGAGGCUGUCUCUGUAUUUGCUCUCAAGACGAGUUUCAAAGAUCUUCUUCCACAAAGCAAAUCUCAAUGGCUUGUCUCGUUCUCACUUGGAUCGUAUUCGCCGUUGGAUUUGGGGCUUUAGUGAUUGGGACGAUGUCCAACAACAAGUCAAGAUCCUCUUGUGGAUUCACACAUCACCAUUUUCUCUCCAUUGGAGGGAUCUUGUGUUUUCUACAUGCCCUCUUUUGUGUCGCUUAUUACGUUUCUGCCACAGCGGCUAAAGACGAAGCUGCUAAGUGACAAAGCCAUGAUAAGGAUGGGUUAACACAGGUGGGUCCUUGUACUUGACUAUAUAUUCCAAUGGUAGUUGUGUAACAAUUUCAUAUCUAUUAACAAUAACAUAGUAUAAUCUUUUUUCCUCCCAUUUUUAAUUUGUUUUCAUUUAUUUCGAAGUCUCUUUUGUAAUUUGGAAAGUCGUGUCAUUUUGAAAAAAAUAUGAAAGCUUUGCCCUUUAUGUCA